GCACUUCAUGUACAAGGCUCUGGAGAAUUUAAUCAGAAAUCUGUAAAUUCUCGUGGUAGAGGAAGAGGUCGUGGUGGCCGUUACACCAACCAAGGACGUGGCAGUGGAGCAGACAACAUGAGCCACAACAAUAGGUCGCACUAGAAUUCUGAUAGCAACUAUCAACAGAAUGGCAGAGGUCGUGGCCAUGGACGUGGUAAAGGGAGACAUGACAAAUCCCUCAUGGAGUGUUACAAAUGUCAUGAGCGUGGUCACUACGCUAAUGAAUGCAAACUCUAAAACACUCAAACAGCUCAUUAUGUACAAGAAAGUGAUAUCAACGUGCAAAUUGAUGGAGGUCAUACUUUAUUAAUGACCUUCAUGAAAACUUCAGUCAACGUUCAAUAUAUGUUUUGGAUGAAGAGUCAGACCCUUCAAUCACACCUACAGAUUCAACUGACAAUGCAAAUGGAGUUCAGACAGAACCUUCUAGUGGUACACUCAGACCACAAGUUCAAACCUCUGCUCCAUCUGCAAAUGAAAUUGGGAUAUCUUUAGCCUCUAGAAAACCACAACGACAUCAUCGUAUGCCAACACACCUUCAAGACUAUGAGGUAAAUUUGAAUGAUGACAGUGAUGAUGAUAUGGAACUGAAGGUGUUCCCCAGAAUGUCCCAUCCAGAAUACGAAGGAAUCGAAGACGCUCAUUACAUACACAGAGUCCGGGACCGUCUCCGGAAGGAAGUCCUUGUUCCUCUCCGGAAGGUCCUAGAAUUGCCGAAAAUCUACGUCGGAGCCAACCGCUGGGACUCCAUACCCUACAAGAGAGUCCCCUCUGUCGACAUGAAAUUCUAUAAGGACAAAUUUCUCAAGCACGAUGGUGAACGAUUCCAAGGCUACCUGGAGUCCGUGAAAAAGGGGGAAGCUAAAAUUGCAGCGGGCGCUCUGUUACCGCAUGAGACAAUCCAGGCAUUAAAUGAUGGCAAAGCUGACGGCGGGGAAGUAGCGGAGCUGCAAUGGAAGAGAAUGGUGGACGAUCUUCUCCAGAGAGGGAAGCUGAGGAACUGCAUGGCAAUCUGCGAUGUCUCGGGAAGCAUGACCGGAAUUCCGAUGGAAGUUUCGGUGGCGUUAGGCGUUCUCGUUUCAGAGCUGAGCGAGGAGCCAUGGAAGGGGAAGCUGAUCACUUUCAGCGCAAACCCGACUCUUCAGAUGAUCAAAGGGGAUUCUCUCCGGGAGAAGACGAGCUCCGUGAGGAGGAUGGAUUGGGGGGCGAACACGAAUUUCCAGAAGGUGUUUGAUCUGAUCCUGAAGGUGGCGGUACAGGGGAGACUGAAGCCGGAGCAGAUGAUCAAGACGCUGUUCGUGUUCAGCGACAUGGAAUUCGACCAAGCCCUGGGUACCUACAAUUCAUCGGGAACCCGUAAUUCCUGGGAAACGGAUUACCAGAAGAUAGUGAGGAAGUUCAAUGAGAAGGGCUACGGGGAGGCGAUCCCACAGAUUGUUUUCUGGAACCUGAGAGAAUCGAGAGCCACCCCGAUUCCGCGGAGCCAGGAGGGAGUGGCUCCGGUGAGUGGGUUUUCAAAGAAUUUGUUGAUGAUGUUCUUCGAGGGAGAUGGUAUGAUCAACCCUGUGGAGGUCAUGCAGUCCACCAUCUCCGGCGAGGAGUAUCAGAAACUCGCCGUGGUAGACUAAACCACAAACUUUUCCAUUAUUGUUUUUCUUUUUCUUUUUUCUGGAUAUUAAAAUUCAUUUGAGAUUUUAGAUUGAUUUUAAUUCUAAUAUUUGAAGCCUGUAAAGGCACUGAUCGAAGUGAGUUGAUAGUAGAAGAUCAGUUUUUAAUUACAAGUUAUAAAUAAGAAAAGUUGAGCCUGAAU